CGGCGGCGCAGUCCGUUAGCUCCGGACGGGCGGCUGAGGGGUGGCGAGAGUGCCCGGCGUUGCCGCGGUAACGGCCGCCCCCGGCAUGGCGGCGCGGCGGGCCCCGCGGAGAGCAGGGAACCUCUAGGGUGGUGUCAGGUGCUGAAAGAAGCCAGCAAUGGCGUGGUUCAGGGUGCUCCGUGUAAAGAGUUGGUACUUGGCAAUAUAAAGUCGUGGAAAUAACUGGUAAAGCUGCUUGGGAUUGUGUUGAAAAUGCUGGGAGAGAAAAAGCAAUUAAUUGUGAAAAGAGACCUUUACACAGACCCCACGUUUCCAGCCAGUGAUACCUCUAUAUUUUUUGAUUAUUGCACCCCGCUUGCCCAAUUCAGAGGCGAGAUAUCUUGGUUGAGACCUAAGGACAUUUGUUCUACUCCUCGGUUAUUUUCAAACAAUCUGCAGGAUGUGCAAGUGAAACAAGGAAUUCUGGGAGACUGUUGGUUCCUGUGUGCCUGUGUAGCUUUGCAGAAGAGUAAAUAUUUACUGAAUAAGGUAAUCCCUCCAGGUCAGCCCAGCUGGACAGAUGAGUCUUAUCAAGGCUGUUUCACUUGUCGAGUCUGGCAGUUUGGACACUGGGUGGAAGUGACCAUUGAUGAUCGUUUACCUUGCCUUGGUGGUAAACUCUGCUUUUCCCAGUGUCAGACAGAGGAUUUGUUUUGGCUUCCACUACUGGAAAAAGCUUAUGCAAAAGUGCAUGGAUCUUACGAACAGUUGUGGGCAGGACAGGUGGCAGAUGCUUUGGUUGAUCUGACUGGAGGAAUUGCUGAAAGAUGGACUCUGAAAGGCCCUGGAAGAAAUGUGGAGAAAGAGAAGACUGGCAUGGUUUUGGAGAGAGCGGUGUUCAGAAGAUUAAUGAAUCUGAAGGAACGGUGUGUAAUAAGCUGCUCAGUCCUCAAUUCUAGACAAGGUGCAAGUGAACUAGGAGAAUUUCAUGCCUUUAUUGUGAUAGACAUGUUGGAUUUGUCUGCAGUGUCAGGCAAGGAAAUCUGCUUGCUACGAAUACGAAAUCCUUGGGGGAGGCGGUGCUGGAGAGGUCCCUGGUGUGAAGGUGGUCAAGGAUGGAGCCAGCUAGAUCCGGUAGUUGCCUCAGAACUGCUCUCGCAGAUCCAAGAGGGAGAAUUCUGGGUUGAUGAAGAAGAAUUUUUCAGGGAAUUUGAUGAGAUUACCGUGGGCUUUCCAGUCAAUGAGGAAGGACAGCUUCAGAGCCUCUAUACAGAGAAAGUGCUGUACCACUCACAGAAUCUUUUUGGAUCCUGGGUGAGAGGCCAGUCAGCAGGUGGCUGCCGUAACAACAGCAGCUUUCCUACCAACCCUAAAUUCUGGCUGAGAGUCUGUGAAAAGAGUGAGGUGUGCAUUGCUCUGCUGCAGAAACAUAGGAAAUACAGUGCUGACUGGGCCGGAAGAAUUAAAAAUGUGACUCACUUAGCAGAGGAAAAUCUAUCUUUGACUGAAGGCAUACAGGGGAAGAAUUAUCAGGCUGUGGGAUUGCAUGUCUGGAAGGUGGAGAAGAAACGAUUUAACCUUCCAAAGACACUCUCUGCUCCUCCAGUUGUAGGUACCGUCUGCCAUUCCUAUGACAGAGAAGUGCAUGUGUGCUGUGACCUUUCGCCUGGGUUUUAUCUUGUUGUUCCCAGCACUUUUCUGAAAGAUGCAGUAGGGAAUUUCUUGCUUCGUGUAUUUUCAACGGGAAGGAUCUCUCUCAGUGAACUAAAGCCACCACCCACAGAUGCUGCCCUCAGUGAAGAGCUCCCAGAAGGUGAAUGGGAGACAGUGCAGCUGCAUGGAUGCUGGAAAAAUGGGCAAAGUGCUGGAGGUAGCAGGAACUUCCCCUCCUUCCAUAUCAAUCCCUGCUUUCCCCUCUCCAUUCCUGCAGCACCAGGAAAAAGCAGUGUGAAAGUUACCCUCCGUCAGCACUGCCAAGAUAGCAAGUGUCGGCCAAUAGGUUUCCAUAUUUUCCAGGUGCCUAACAGCAGCUGGAAACCACAUAUUUCCUCUUUUCUACACUUGGAGCCACUGGUUAGCUGUGUACCUCACUGCUAUUCACAGGAAGUAAGCCAGCUUUGCAGGCUUCCUGCAGGAAGUUAUGUCGUUAUACCUUCUACCUAUUUGCCCAAUACAGAAGGCAGUUUUACAGUGAUCAUAGCAACCAAAAUAGACAGGAAGCGCAUUCACAGCCGGGAGACACUUGGACAAGUAUUACAGGAAGUAAGUGACGCAUUUUCAAUUUCAGUUGUUCUAGAGGUGUUGCAGAGGCAUCAUCAAGGCAUAUAUAUUAACUAAUAUUGAAACCCACACACUAGUGGACUGGACUUUGAAUGUUCCCAUUUACUUGCUGCAAACUGAUAAUCAGUAAAGCAGUUCAUUUUAUGCAUUUGGAUGUAUUUUGAUUUAUUCAUUCUUGUUAGAUUUUCUAGCUUUAAUUACAUUUAGAAUCAUAGAAUGGCUUAGGUUGGAAAAUACCUUUAAGAUCAAGUCCAGCGUUAACCUAGAUCCAUUACUUUUAAAAUUUUCUCCUCUGCUUCUACCUUGGAAAUCUCCACCUCCCUGUUCUCUUAAUCUAGCAUUAUUAUUCAGCACUGCCGCCAGUAGACUGGCUUGCUGUUACUGUUCUUUUCCUUUUUUUUCUUGACCCGUCUUUCAUCUUUUCCAUUAAACACAAAUGCAUUGUAGCCUUCCUCCCUCUGAUACUGAUUUGAUAUCCAGAUUUGAUAUUAAUGCUUUGAUAUUAAUUUGAAAUCACGCGCCUUGCGAUUUAGAAAUUCUAAUAACGUUAUAAUGUAAAGACUUAAGGAGACACAGGAAAAAGAGAAGAAAAGCAAACAGGCCAUCCAAAAGUUAGCUUUCACCACUCUAGAGUUUAGAUUUGUAUUUGUUUCCUUACAACCAGCCCAUGUAGCAUCCUACCAUUAUAAUCCUCCUUGGUGUGUGAGCCAUUCUGAUCAAGUUAACGUCACCUAUUCAAUAUUUUGGUAUUGUGUUUUACUUCAGUAGAUGUGCAUGUAAUGUUGAAGGAUUGGAUGUGAGCGUGCACUACCUGAUACUUAAUGGUAUAUUUCCUAAGAGGAGAAAUUUGAUUGUAUUAUUUUAACACUUGUUUAAAGAUACCCGAUUUGGUUGGUGGAUCAAAGCAUGCCCUUGAUAAUACUCUGCUUAUUAGGUGAGAACAAGACCAUCUAGAUACUUGACUCUUUCUCUUUGAGGUUUUAACAAAACAAAAAUCAUAGGGAAAAACUCUUCACUGAAUAUUAGAGCUGGUUUACUAAUUUUCUUAAUCUGGGUCAUGGUGACCAAGGAUUACAUUUUGUCCUUAAACCCACACAAACAGCGUGGAUUUUGUGUGCUUCACAAAAAUGGGUGAAGACCUGUAUGCACUUUCCUCAUGGUGCUUGUUAUUUUAAUAUUUGGGAGCUGGAGUAUGUAAUGAAGUCCUUUAUUGCUGUUGCUUUGGAAUCAAAACAUUGCAAGGCUGUUAUUACAGAAAGAAUAUAUUCAAAGGUAAUGUUUCUUAUAUUAUUCCAUGAAAACGGUUGAACUUGGGCAAAGAGUGCACCCUGACAUCAAGGGAACAAACAGUUUAGAUUCUUUAGGAUUUGAAAACUUGAAGCAUUUGGAAAUGGCAGCUUCUUAUCAGUGACACAAAUUAAUUUCUGAAUCUAAUCUUCAGCAGCAUAGGCUUUUCUAAAGACUGGACUUUAAAUCAUUCAGUGCUUUCCGGGCUUUAACCUCUGAAGGAUCUCGGCAGUCUGCCUUACUGAGAAGUUGGGCUACUGAUUUCUAAGGGGUGCAUUGAAGCAGAGCUGGAUGUCACUGUGUUUUUCUAAAAGUUUGUGUGUUUUCUAAUUACUGGAGUGAUGGGAUUUUGAGGUUUAAGGGUUUUUUUUAAGAUGUUUCACAGGAAAAGCUUGCAGUUUUUCCUUAAUUUUAAAAUCUUUCUUCUGUCUGAUUUACUUCGUAUGAAUUUCUUCUCUUGACAAAAAAGGUAACUCAUGAAAUAGCUUAUUUUCUUCAUUGUUCAUU